AUGCAGCCUACACUCCGCCGGAUGGCCGGCCAUAAUCACGGCAUGAUCCACGCGGAUCCCGCCAUCAUCAAAUGGGCCACCAUGACCACGAACCGCCACAAGUACUUCCGCUGGACACGACGAACAGCCUGGAUUACAUUCGCAUACGUUGCCUUGGUACCGGGUUUGCUGGGUGCUGCGGGAUACUGGGCUGAGGGAAGGUGGGAGAUGCGUGGUAAGCGAAGGGGUGAUACUAUCUCUGAGUUUUAA